AUGAUUGAUCGUCAAAAUACCCCUUCUCCAUGGUCUCAAACCAUGAGCAGAAUCCACAGCAGCCCUGUCAACAAUGACACUGAGAGUGUUGUCAGCAACUCUCAUUUAGAUAAAAACACAUCAGUAAAGAUCAUGCCUCUGCGAGACGAAGAUCCCAAUGCACCACCUACACCAAGAAAGCGAAACAACUCACUGAUUCCAGUAGAGCUGAUGAUGAACAACAGCGGUGAGGGAGGAAGAGAGUGUGCUGCUUUAGCUACUGUGUUUGGCGUGCCUGAAUACAUUGAAUCCAAGAUCUUUUGGGAGAGACAGCAGUAUCAACAUGAAGGAUUGCUGCCCAAGAAGCAGAUCAACCCUCUGUUGCUACGGCCCACAACACCCUCCAGCACUUCAGCAGAGAACAGUAAAUACGGCUAUGUGUCAGUAAACGGCAUUUCUGUCGUCAGUCGCUCGCUCUCAGCAGAAACACACAAUGAAGACGAAGAUGUCCUGCUGCAGGGUCACCAUCGAUCCAAGUUUUUCAUCUCGUCCUACGUUGACUCUGUGCUUGAUCCCGUUGGAUCCAAUGAACUUUUGAAACCUGCAUUUUUAGGUGCAACAUCAGCAUCUGCUCCCAUCCCAACACCCACAAAGAGCUUUUCCCUACCUCAUAUCCCCACUGUCAGCAAAUUCAACGACAUACUGAUCGAGGAUGAAAAUGGCGUCGAAUUGAUGUUUCCAGCAAACCCUUCCUCCAUUUUGAUCCACUCCACACCUAUCCUGCGUUCUGGCUCCAUGUCGUCUGUGCAAAGUGCCUAUACGCUACCAUCUCAAUCCAACAACAAACAGCAAGCCAGCAAUGUAGACGAGGACGACGAGUCAUUGAAGGCAAAUACGCGAGUGGCUGUGAUUAUCGGCAUGCCAGAGAUAUUCGAUCUGAUUGUAUCAGAUGAAGAUGAACGCUUUAUUAUAUGGGGGCCCGAUCCAAUUGUACUCUCAUCAUCGAUGGCUACCACUACAACUCCUGAGAGACCCUCUUCUUAUGCCACUCUCUAUAACAACCAACACACACGACCUGAAUUGAAGGGAUUCUCAUCCAAUACUACAUCUACGCUUGUUCGCAGUAAAUCGAUACAAACCCUCAAAAACAACAAUGGCAGCAGACCCAACUUUGCGUCGGUUCGUCUAUCAGCACAACAUUGGUCGGAAAGCCUUAAACUAGCAAGACCUACUUUAAAGCACUCUGCUUCGGCCAAUGAUCAGCGUACUACUGCUACUACCACUCAUGGCUCGCUUUUACUUAAAAAGGCAUUCGGGUUAACCAAGAAUAACAAGAUCAAGGAAGCAAUGGAGGCAGAAAAGAAGAGCAUGAUGGAUAUACCCAAGGUCAUCGAGGCUGCCACAAUUCACAAGCUGGUAGAAAAGCUGACCAUUACACUAGACUAUACUUUUAUGACAGAUUUCUUUCUGACCUACAGGGACUUUCUGGAUUCAACGGAUCUGUGUCAAUUGCUCGUGUCCAGAUUCUACUGGGCAUUGGAGAAUGACGAGGAAUCAAGACGCAUAGUCAGAAUCAGAACCUUUGUUGUAUUGAGACAUUGGCUCAACAACUACUUUGUGCACGACUUUAUCGGCAAUAGGCCACUCCGUAUUAUUCUGACUGAAUUCCUCAACAGACUCCCACGACAUCCACUAGUCCAAACAUCUCCACGCGAUCAACGCAUUGUGAAAAUACUGAAGCGUGUUGUGCGACGACUAAAGAAGCUGUACUACAACCGAUCUUCAGGCGCUUCUCGUGUCAAAGUCAUUGCGCCUCCACCGCCUACAGCAGAGCAAGAACAGAUGGGAGAGAUUGUCAGAGCCAAAUUGUCGCAGAAUGUUAUCCGACGCAAGACGGCGCUCGGUGUGGACAUGAGUAGCCAUCACAAUGGCAACAUGGCAGUGCAAGAUGCUCGGUAUGCGCCCGUUGUCGUUGUCGGUAGUCUCAACAUGAAAGGCAGCUUCAUCGAUUCAGGGGUCGAUUCGUCUCACAACUUCAGCAAACUGCCAUUUAUCACACAGCAGCCUACGCAGGACAGUUCAGACGUGAUGGUGGUAGAUGACAGUCAGACUAUUCGAUCUUCUGUGCACCAUCGAUACGAUAAAAGCGUGCAUCAACCUGUGGAAGCAGAGGUAGGACAUGAAACAAAGGCUGCUGAGGCAAGCUCUGUGGCUAGCGUUGCUUCCGAUGAUUCUUUGGAAAGCGAACUCAGCGCAGGCGAAACUGCCCCUCUGGAAUCCGACGAUUCAGAAGACGAAGACCACCCUUUGCACUUGGGUCAAGAGUAUUAUGCUGAAGAUGAUGAACAUGACCGAGAAUGGAUUAGGGAGCAGCAAGAGACAUUAGAGUACUUUAAUUCAGCAAGCAAAAUGGCGCUGGAUCAGUCAGCAGAACCUCACAACGCCAUCGACACAACUCAACUGCAGCAACAAGAUGAUAUUUGUGAGGUCCUAACCGAAUCGCCCACUUCCAUACAUCCUGUUCGACCCAAGAUACCGUCCGAAUUUAUAAAAAUGAGCAAAGAGGUAGCAUCUACUGCAAAACCUGCGGCUCACAGUAUCGCCAACUCAAAGACGGUGCGUCGUGUGCCAUCAGAACGCUGGUGCAAGGCAGACGAUGAUCACCCCCCACUCCAUGCUGAUCACGCUUUACCAGACGAAUUGCUAAGAGAAUUGAGUGGUGAUGAAUUGCAAAGCAAGUCGCCCACUGGUCUCUCGAGAAAGCUGUCUCGUAAAAGCAUUGAGCGUCGCAAGAGUGAGAGAAGCUUCCAUGAUGCUACAUCUCCUUGGCAUUCUGCUCCCUCGUCUGCUGCAACAUCGCCUUACCUGACUGGCGCGCACAGUGAUGAUCAGGUUCCUGAAGUGCCCGAACUGCCUCCCUUAACACCAGAAAUGCUUGACCAGCGUGGCAUGCCAAAGAAGAGAGUCAUCAAAAAGAAGAAGAGUGGGCUCAAGAAAAAAUCAAAUACAGAGGAGCUGGCUAAUGAAGCCGCCAUUGAAGCAUUCGCAUCCAUCCCAUACGAAGCAACUCAAGUGGCAGUCAAAGCCAACGAUCAGGAAGCCAAGAAUGGAGAACAGCCUAAGCGCAGACUGUCAACAGUGUUGUCCAAAGUAUUCAGACCCACGAAUCACCACGACGAAGACAAGCAUGCAAAAGAGACCACAGCCGGUAGCUCACCCUCUAAAGUAGGUGCAACAGAAGAGCAAAAAAUGCAAGAGAUACCUACACCUCAGCAGCAAGAGCAGCAGCAAGAGCAUCAGCAACCGCAAAGCAGCCAAUGGGUGAGCCUGAUUGCUCAGCGUCUUCGACACAGCAGUAUAGAUGAAAACGACGAUUCGCUAGAUGAAGUUGAAUGUGGUUGUGUCAAAUGCUCGGGCAACAGUCAAGGCACAUCCAACUGCAAGAGGCUAAGUGUCAUAUUGAUUGCUGAUGAAGAGCGUAGACGUAGUUUUGAGCUGAGGCGCAAGCGUGGAGCCAGCAUCGACAUGGAUCAACAAGCCAUGAUCAACCAUCUCGGCAUUCACACCAACGAUCAAAAGUCGCCCAAAGAGAUAAAGAGUGGCCCUGUUUAUCUAGGACAUUUGCAGGCACGCAGCUUAAUUAGCUCUGCUGUGGGAGAUGGAAACAGCCCACAUGAUUCAUCCGGCAGUGAGGAUGAGGAUGAUGCCAGUACAGCCAGUUUUGUGCCCUCUGAGAGAUCCAUCCGAACAGAAGCACAAGCCAGCUCCAGCCGUGCCAGAAUGUCUUUUAUAUCCGAAGCUGCUACUUCACAUGUGCCUAGAUCAAAGAUGAUUGAAUUGGGCUUCCCACCAGAAUCUAGCACAAGUCUGGAGAAGAACACAACCAGAGACACCUUAAACCCACCGCCCUCGUCUAUUCCUCGCUCCAUGCCCGAGCAAGUGAACAUGCCAUCAAGAUUCAAUGGUCGCUGCUUCAUCAUGUCAUACAGAACCAGUAUGCUUGCAAGUCAACUAUGCUUUAUAGAGAGAGAUGUGCUGAUAAAGGUAGGAUGGGAAGAGCUCAUUCACUGCAAAUGGACCAAGAUGGAUUCUAGCGGCAACAUCAACACAACACCCAUCCAAGAUGAGCCAUCGCAUAGCUAUGACGAGGGAUAUGACGACGAAAAGAUCAAUUAUACUCGGCAAACAGAGCAAAGACGCACCGAAGAACAGGGCAUUGAGCAGGUGAUUCAACGAUUCAACAUAGUCUGUCAGUGGGUUUCGUCUGAAAUUGUGAGGACAAGAAACAUGAAUGAAAGAGUCAAGCUGAUUGAAAAGUUCAUUCGACUGGCCAAGAAAUGUAAAAUGUACUCCAACUAUGCAACGCUGGUGCAAAUUCUUUUGGGUUUGCAAUCGCCUGCCGUAGCUCGUCUUGAGAAGACAUGGUCCAAAGUGAGCACAAAGUGCCAGAAACUGCUCAGUCAACUCACAGAAUUCACCUCGCCUAUGAAGAAUUGGAAGAACAUUCGUGACAGCAUGACCGAAGUCGCUGAAGAGUACGGCAAUUCACCUGCUGAAGUGCAAGUCGAGAUGCCAGGCACUACCGCCAACAGACAAAAGUUCAAGAAAACCACCCGCAUCAAGAUUCCAUUUGGUGGAUGUAUUCCCUUCCUGGGUAUUUAUCUCUCUGAUUUGGUAUUCAACUCGGAAAAGCCUCGGUUCCUGAAACCCAAUUUGGAGAGUCAGCGAAUUUACAGCGUCAACAAUACAAGAAAUCUGCCACCGUGUCUGGAUCAGCCGCUGGUCAAUUUCAGAAAGCAUCGUGUCAUUGCUACUGUGAUCAAACGUGUGCUCACAUUUCAGGGACUCGCCAUGAGAUACUCCUUUGAUGAAGAUGGCAUCUUGCUGGAAAAGUGCAGAAAUCUUCAAGUCUUAGAUGCAGCAAAGAUCAGAGACCUUAGUGCCUCAUUGGAAUAG